UCAUUAACGAUCGUCGUCACCAAAUCUAUUUUCUCUGCGUUUCUUUUGUUUUCUGCAAAAGCAAAAUGGCAAUGGCAGCGGAUCUGUUAAGACUCUCUUUAUCAACUCAGCCAAAGCUCUCCUUCAGUAAUGGGGAAAAACUUAAAGUUGACUGCUUUGACUUACUCCAACGACGCUGUCGCAGGCGUUUCUAUUACCGGCAUCAGUCAACUCCUGGUUUCGUCUUAUUCAAUUCGUUGGAAACCAGAUCACAGUCUCAAGGGUCGUCUCUCCAGCUGCCGAAACAGAAGCCUAAAGACUCGUCGAUUCUCCUAGAUGUAAAUGGGAUGAUGUGCGGCGGAUGCGUAUCCCGAGUCAAAUCAGUUAUCUCCUCCGACAAGCGAGUCGACUCAGUCGUGGUCAACUUAUUAACUGAAACAGCGGCGAUCAAGUUGAAGCAAGAGUUGAUAGAGAGCGAAACUGUGGAGAUUGUUGCGGAGAGUAUAGCUCAGCGCGUGACUGAGUGCGGGUUCAUGGCGAAGAGGAGGGUCUCGGGGCUUGGAAUCGGAGAGAAUGUGAGGAAAUGGAAGGAAAUGUCGAAGAAGAAAGAGGAAUUGCUGGUUAAGAGUAGGAACAGAGUGUCUUUUGCUUGGACUUUGGUGGCGCUUUGUUGCGGAUCUCAUGCUUCACAUAUUUUGCACUCGCUAGGGAUUCACAUCGCCCAUGGAUCGGUUUUAGAGGUCCUUCAUAAUUCUUAUUUUAAAGGUGGAUUGGCUUUAGCGGCUUUGUUGGGGCCAGGAAGAGAUUUGCUAGUUGAUGGCUUAUUGGCAUUCAAGAAAGGCUCACCCAAUAUGAAUUCUCUCGUGGGAUUUGGAUCGAUUGCAGCAUUUAUCAUUAGUGCAGUCUCACUUCUUAACCCUGGGCUUGAAUGGGAUGCUUCAUUCUUUGAUGAACCGGUCAUGCUUCUUGGUUUUGUACUCCUGGGACGUUCUCUGGAAGAAAAAGCGAGGAUUAGGGCAUCUAGUGACUUAAAUGAACUUUUAUCAUUGAUAUCAACUCAGUCAAGACUUGUGAUUACUUCAUCAGACACUGAUUCCUCUGUUGAUUCUGUACUUUGCUCCGAUGCUAUUUGCAUUGAAGUCCCAUCAGACGAUAUUCGAGUUGGAGACAUGGUGUUAGUUUUGCCUGGAGAAACAAUUCCUGUAGAUGGGAAAGUUGUUGCAGGAAGAAGUGUGGUUGAUGAAUCCAUGCUGACCGGAGAAUCACUUCCAGUUUUCAAGGAAAAAGGUCUUACAGUCUCUGCUGGAACUAUAAAUUGGGAUGGUCCUCUAAGGAUUGAAGCAACUUCCACAGGCUCCAACUCAACUAUUUCCAAGAUUGUACGCAUGGUUGAGGAUGCUCAAGGACAAGAAGCACCUGUACAAAGGCUUGCUGAUGCAAUAGCUGGGCCAUUUGUGUAUAGCAUAAUGACACUGUCAGCGGCAACCUUUGCUUUUUGGUAUUGUGCCGGGUCACACAUAUUUCCAGAUGUUUUGCUCAAUGAUAUUGCUGGUCCUGAUGGAGAUCCCUUGCUUUUGAGUUUGAAACUUGCAGUGGAUGUCUUAGUAGUUUCCUGUCCAUGUGCACUGGGUCUCGCCACACCAACAGCAAUCCUUGUUGGCACCUCUCUUGGAGCUAGACAAGGACUACUUAUAAGAGGAGGGGAUGUUCUGGAACGCUUGGCCAGUGUAGACUAUGUUGCUUUUGACAAAACAGGCACUCUCACUGAAGGAAAACCCACUGUCUCCACAGUGGCUUCCUUUGCAUAUGAUGAACCAGAAAUUCUUCAAAUUGCUGCAGCAGUAGAGAGAACAGCAGCACAUCCAAUUGCUAAGGCUAUUGUAAAAAAGGCAGAAUCUUUGAACUUGGCAUUCCCAGAAACAAGAGGACAACUAGUUGAACCAGGAUUUGGAACUUUAGCUGAAGUAAAUGGAUGUUUGGUUGCUGUUGGUAAUCUAGAAUGGGUUAAUGAACGUUUCCAGAUAAAGGCAAGGCCAUCGGAUUUGAUGAAUUUAGAACAUGCCGUAAUGCAUCAAUCAUCAUCACCAUCAAACUAUUCAAAAACAGCUGUCUAUGUUGGACGUGAAGGAGAAGGUAUUAUUGGUGCCAUAGGAAUAUAUGACAGUUUGCGCUGUGAUGCUGAGUCUACCGUGAGCGGGCUUCAGCAGAAGGGUAUCAAAACAAUCCUUAUUUCAGGAGACAGGGAAGAGGCUGUUGCAACUAUUGCAAAGACAGUUGGUAUAGGGCGUGAAUUUGUUAAUGCAUCCUCAACUCCUCAGCAGAAAUCAUGGGUUAUAUCUACUCUUCAGACUGCUGGACAUCACAUCGCUAUGGUAGGAGAUGGCAUUAACGAUGCUCCAUCUUUGGCUCUUGCUGAUGUGGGGAUUGCUCUACAGAAUGAAGCACAGGAAACCGCAGCCUCUGAUGCAGCAUCUAUUAUACUUCUUGGAAACAAACUCUCCCAGGUAGUAGACGCUCUGGAUCUUGCACAGGCAACAAUGGCAAAAGUGUACCAAAAUUUAUCAUGGGCAGUAGCAUAUAAUGUUGUUGCCAUCCCCAUUGCUGCUGGUGUAUUACUUCCCCAAUACGAUUUUGCUAUGACACCUUCACUUUCUGGUGGGCUAAUGGCCUUGAGCUCAAUAUUUGUUGUAACAAAUUCCUUGCUUUUACGGCUCCAUGGGUCUGAGAAGAGGAGGAAGAAUAAUCUUGCCUAAAUAUCACAAAUGCCUGCCGCUCCGAAUUAACAAAGUACGUCAAUCCAAUGAAUAAAUAUCCUGAGAAGUUAAUAUCUUUAGCAGAAAAACGAGUGAAAUGAGAAUGUGCCCACAUCAAUUCUCUUUUUCAUUUAUAUCUAUUUUAAUUUUAUCUAAGUUUUGUAGUAGUUUAUUAUGUUUGUAAUAAAGCAUGUUGAAAUUGUGUUAUAAAGAACCAAAGCCGCCAAACUUCUUCUACAAUCAAAAUCUAAUAAUUCGGGGGCACUUGUCAAUCUUAAUGAUAAAUGUAGUUUCUUCGUCCGAUUAAGAGAGAGAACACGAAUAAAUUUCUCCUCUGCUCUUCGUUUUUCUCAACCUAAUUUCUUUUUUCGCUAUCGCUUUAAUAUUAUUGUCAGCUUUCGUAAGGCCUGACGUAGCAUGUACCGCCACUGAUUCUUGCAAGACAGCUAUCGAUGCAACCACAUCCACAUGCAGGGUAAAUUGAAGCGGGUGGUUUGAUUCAGAGACUGAUGAUGCACGGUAUAUAAGCGUAGUCUAUUGCACGUAGGUAUGGAUCACAUUAAGUUAUCGACAGAAAACUCCAUUAUUUUCUGGUAGGCUAUCAGGUCCUCUCCCAGCCCAUAUCUUCCAUUAGCUAUGUGCCACGCCAUCGAUGCGCCCCUUCCCCCCUCCCCCCCUCUUUUUUCCCCCACCAGGUACCAAGUUUUAAAUAACUGAAAAACCUUCAUCGUUUCAUCCCCAUCAAGCCCUCCAGCCCCCCAACUCAUCGAAAAAAAGUCAUAGCUGAUAUUCAAAGCAAUUUAAUAAUGGCAAUUUAUCAACACAUCAUGGUUCAAGCAGAAAUCAGCUGAACCUGAGAGAGAGAAAAUCCUUCUUUUAGCUCCACACGUCUAAAACGCGGCACACAAUUCAAGGGGAUUGUUUGUCUUUCCGUUUUCCGUAAGGGUUGAAUUGACGCAUUACUAUUGAUGAAAUUCAAAGGUCUUGAGGUCCUCUAUGGAUUGGUAAAAAAAAAAAACAACCUUCGAUAGCAGAAGGUCGCGAAGAAUGGCGUUGACAACGGCGGACCGUCUGGAAUGGAUCCCGCAAUUCGUUGCAGUAUUUUUUUAAUUU